AUGAGUUCAGAAUCUGCAUCUCCCUCCGUUAUUUUGCCCCAGGGGACGGUUGUGGGAGUUCAAUUGAACAAUGGAUAUCCUCAGCCUGUGAAUGCCUAUCUAGGUAUUCCAUAUGCCCUUCCUCCAGUGGGCAACCUGCGAUUCUGUCGCCCUGUCAAAGUACCUCAUUCGACAAAUAUUAUUGUUGCUUCGAAAUAUGGCUUUGCAGCUCCGGGGAAGGCCUUGCUGAUGGGAGGACCGACAGUCGAGAAAAGCGAAGAUUGUUUGACUGCCAAUGUCUUUCAGCCUAUUGAACAUGAUACCAAACUGCCAGUCGCAAUAUAUGUUCACGGUGGUGCUUUCAACAGAGGCUCGGCAUCAAUGCACGACACUGCAUCAAUGCUUGCAUGGUCCGAGCGGCCUUUUAUCGCGGUAAGUUUUGGGUAUCGUCUGGGAGCUCUGGGUUUCUUGCCCUCUACUCUGUCCAAAAAGGAAGGCCUUUUGAAUCUGGGUUUGCACGAUCAGAUUCUAUUGUUUCAAUGGGUGCAGGAGAACAUAGAGGCGUUUGGAGGAGACCCAAAUAAUGUUACUCUCUUUGGCCUCUCAGCGGGAGCUCACUCGAUUGGUCAUCAUCUUCUCAACUAUGACGAGCACCGCAAACCUUUAUUUCACCGAGUCAUCAUAGAAUCCGGUUCACCGACCUCACGCGCCGUUCGCCCUUAUGAUGCAAAGGUCCACGAGCAGCAAUUCCAAGAUUUCUUAAAGGAGGUCGAGUGCCCAAAAGAUCUGCCAGAAUCCGAAAUUUUCCCAUUCCUGCGCUCGUUACCCAGUUCAAUUAUAACGGAUGCUCAAGCAACAGUGUUCGAUAAAUGGAACCCAUCUCUGCAGUGGGCAUUUCAACCUGUGAUCGAUGGAGAUAUCAUCUCGCGCAAACCCCUUGAUGCUUGGAAGUCCGGCCUGUGGAACAAAGUACCCAUAAUGACUGGUUUCAAUACCAACGAAGGAACGAUGUAUGUCGAUAAAACAAUGUCUCGACCCGAGCAGUUUCGCAGUUUCUGGCACACUUUACUUCCGGAGCUUUCGACGGCAGAUCUAGAUACUAUUGAAAAAUUGUAUCCGGAUCCCAGCACUGAUCCCAAGUCACCAUACGUGGAGACUCGGCUCGAGCAUGGCCUCGGGGCCCAAUACAAACGUAUUGAGGCUGCAUAUGGCCAUUACGCAUAUGUGGCUCCUGUCCGCCAAACAGCCGAGUUUGCCUCUUGUCAGGGCGUACCAGUGUACUUAUAUCACUGGGCACUAGCCCGGACUAUUGUUGGCCGCGCAAAUCAUGGAGAUAAUAUGUACUAUGAGGCCUAUAGUAACAAUAUUACUACUCUGUCAAAAUCACAGCAGGAACUUUCGGGUACUCUACAUGCCUAUAUCACCAGCUUCAUUACACAGAGUGAUCCCAACGCCAUAUCGGGCCGAUAUGCUCAACGGCCGGAGUGGAAGCCUUAUGUACCCGAUGAGCCUGGAGUGUUGAUAUUCGGUCAGGGCAAUGAGGAACUGAUUGGAGGAGAUGUGGCACCAGCUGCGGAAUUCCAGGCUGAUAACUGGGCUAGGGAACAAACCAACUUUUGGUGGUCCAAGGUUGAGAUAUCACAGCUCGCCUAA